AUGGUGGAUGCCACUACUGGAUAUGAACGACUAACAUUCCUGGAUGGGCGCUCCAGCUAUAAUCAAAUCCCUAUGGACCCCAUUGAUGAAGAGAAAACUUAUUUUGUCACCGAACGAGGAACUUAUUGCUAUAAGGUUAUACCGUUCGGCCUAAAGAAUGCUAGAACUACUUAUCAAAGAUUGAUCAGCAAGAUUUUCAAAAAUCAAAUGGGGAAGACUGUGGAAGCAUACAUUGAUGACAUGGUGGUAAAGAGUAAGAAGAAGGACGAUCACCUGCAACACCUGCAAGACGUGUUUAGCGUGCUAAGGAAGCAUGGAAUGAGGCUUAAUCCAACCAAGUGCUCAUUUGGCGUGACCUCUGGCCAAUUCUUGGGACACGUGGUCAACCAAAGAGGAAUUGAAGCCAGCCCAACCCAAGCAGAAGCUCUGAUUAGCAACGCAGAGCCAACAACGGUCAGAGAGGUGCAAGCACUCACAGGAAGAAUAGCCAUACUAAGUCAGUUCAUUUCUAAAUUGUCAGAUCGCUGUAAGCCGUUCUUUGAUACAAUACAAGGCCAUGGAAGGCAAGCAUGGGGGAAUGAGCAAAGACAGGCACUGACCAACUUGAAGGCGUAUAUGCAGAAUCCUCCAAUCUUAUCUGCUCCUGAGCCAGGUAAAAAACUUUUUAUAUACCUCGGCCUGUCCAGUAUUGCUACAAAUGCCGUUUUGAUUCGUUGUAAGGAAGGAAAACAGUUUCCGGUGUUCUACGUUAGCAAAACAAUAGCCGAGCCAGAAGAAGCCAUCAAAGGUCAAGCUGUGGCUGAUUUCUUACUGGAGUGUGAUGUGGAAGAGCCGGAGGGAAGUCCUGCAGACUCUUCAUGGAAGCUUUUCAUUGAUGGUUCUUUGAAUCAGAUGGGGGCAAGAAUUGGGGUCAAGUUACAGACACCAGAAGGCACCACUUUGAGCCAAACAAUCAGACUUGAGUUCAGGGCGACCAAUAAUGAGGCAGAAUAUGAAGCACUACUGGCUGGGUUGAAGCUGGCCAAUGAGCUAAAGGUCAAAAGUUUAGUUGCUUUUAGCGAUUCACAACUGAUCGUUCGGCAAGUGACUGGGGAGUAUGAAACCAACGAUGAAACAAUGGAGGCAUACCGUUCAGCUGUUAUGCGCGAGGCAGAGAGUUUUGAUCAAGUUAAGUUUAUACAGUUGCCAAGGGAGCGUAAUGAGGAUGCCAAUCGGUUGGAAUGCAGUGCGUCGAGUUCUGGGGAGACUCUGGCAAAGGUGGUUCUAGUUGGUGUGUUGUACCAGCCAUCUAUACUUGAGAAACCAUCGAGGUCGGAUCCUUGGCAAGUAAAUGUCAUACCAUAUGAGCCAAGCUGGAUAGAUCCAAUUAUGAGAUACAUACGGGAUGGUGUUUUUCCUGAGCAGAGGGAUGAAGUAAGGAAGAUCAAAUCGAAUGCUGCGAAGUACACCAUAGUACACAACCAGUUGUACAGGAGGUCUUACUUAGGGCCAUACUUAAAAUGUGUUACCCCCACGGAAGCUGCACAGAUCUUGCGAACCAUUCAUGAGGGUGUCUGUGGCAAUCACUCAGGGGGAAGAUCUCUGGCGCAUAAAGCAAUGACGCAGGGGUAUUUUUGGCCGAAUAUGUUAAGAGAUGCAGAAGAAUUCUCUAGAAGGUCAAUUGUUAUGGAUAAUAGGACUAAUCUCGAUAGGAAGCAAGUGAGGGAAUUACUGGAAGAGUACGGAAUUAAUCAGAAGUUGGCAGUAGUUAACCAUCCACAGGCGAAUGGUCAAGCUGAGAUUACGAACAGAACAAUCUUUGCCUGUAUAAAAAAGAAGCUCGAAAAUGAAAAAGGAAAAUGGUUAGACGAGCUUCCGAACGUCUUGUGGGCUUACAGAACCCCGAGACGGCCUAACGGGGAGAGCCUAUUCGCUUUGGUGUACGGUACCGAGGCAGUAAUACCAGUCAAAUACUUAGUCCCAACUGUCAGAAGCUUAGCCUGGAAUCAAGAACAGAAUGAUAGCAUGUUAAGGUUUAAUCUUGAUCUGCUGGAGGAGAAGAGAGAUACAACGGCGAUAAGGCUUGCAUCUUAUCAACAGACGCUUGUGAAUAGCCAUAACAAAAAGGUGAAGCAUAGAGACUUUGCCCUCAGCGAUCUGGGUUGCAGAAGCCAUAGGAAAGAGGGCAUAAGUUCUGAAAACCAUGGCAAGAAGGCUGGUCAAUAA